UUAUUUAUAUUCAUGGUUUCAACAAAACGCUCUCACGCACUUCUCAGAUUCUUGGGUUCUCUGGAAGACUGAAAGCAUGAACGCUACCGCUCCAGCUGAUCCUGAUUUCAUCGAAGUUACGGACUACCUCAACGGAAGCGAUUCGGACACAAACAUCGAUGAGGACGAAGUGGCCGGCGAGUACUACCAGCCAGUCUCCGCUGUCGAUUCCGAAGAUGAAGAUCAGAGCAGAAACGAUACCGUCUCGAUCCACCCGCAGCAGCAGCAGCAGCAGCAGCAGCAGGUGCUCUCCAACGGCGUGACUAUGAAUCAGGUACAGAGAGGGAUUUCGUCUCUCCGCCUAAACGACAACGUCGAGGGUACUAAUAAUCAUAACAUGAGCAUGAGCAGCGAAGACGAAGAAGACGAAGAGGAGGAGGAGGCUUCUGAUUCGGCGAUAAUGAGGGCGUUCAGAGAAGACGAGAAUCGCAGAAAUGCGCCGUUGCCGCCGGAGAACGCGACGAGGGUUAGGGAGGCGAUGCGGGGAAUUUCCUUCGCCGGAACUCCUCCCCCUUGGGCUGAUCGGGUCCCCGAGGGCAACUUGAUAGACCGCAUUCACCAACUCCGGCGCCCGGUUUGAAUUGGAUUGGGAAUUAUCAAAUCACUGGAUUUGCAUGUUACCAGUCCAUGAAAUGUAGAACAAUCUAUGAAAUAUAAAUAAUUUAUCAAUCAUGUUCAUUUCAUCACAUUUCUAUGUCACAACAACUUAGUAUUCAGCAAUUCACAUAAUUCUGA